AGGCGGAGGCCGUCGUCUCUGUCACAAGCUGAAAUUGAAACGCCCCACAGGUGCUCCCGCUGGAAAAAAUGGAUCGAACCAUCUUCAAGUUGUUUUGAGUGGCGUUAUCGUCGUUUGCAGAGGCUUGGAUCCAUCUUUCACAUUGCGCCUGUGAUCAACGUUCUGGAAUUGAUCUCUGAAAACCUGGCGAUAAUGGCAACGACUGUGAUGGAUAGAAUUGGCAGAGUCUUUAUCAGCUUGCAGCAGAUCAAGCAGCUUCCCCAGCUCUUGACUCAGGCAUUGCCCUCUGUGCCCGGCACUGUCAAAGACACUGAUGUUCCCUGUUACUUCAGGGAGCGCUACAUUCACACUGGCUACCGACCUCUGCAUCAAAGCUGGCGUUACUACUUCCUGUCCUUGUUUCAGCGCCACAAUGAAACCAUCAACAUCUGGACUCAUCUGCUUGCAUUCUUUGUGUUUCUCCUGAAACUUUACAAAUUUGCUGAGUCCGUGGACUUUGUCGGAGACCCUCACUCAUGGCCCCUGCUCAUCCUCAUCCUGUCAGCCAUGAAUUACACUGCUCUCAGUGCCACAGCCCACCUCCUUGGUGGCAAAUCAGAACUGUGCCACUACACGUUUUUCUUUCUGGACUAUGUUGGAGUGGCUCAGUAUCAGUAUGGCAGCGCUGUGGUCCACUUUUACUACAGCAUUGAUGAGCGCUACUACAGCAGCGUUAAAGGGAUCUUCAUGGUCGUUGCUACUUUCUUGAGUUGUUUGUCAUGCUUUGGAUGCUGCUAUGGAAAAUAUUGUAAUCUCACUUUACCUACCUGCGUGCGAAAGGUGGGUCAGAUUGUGCCCUCUGCCUUGGCCUAUAUGUGGGACUGUACACCGCUGGUGGUGAGAUUUUUAUCGUGGUCUUCAGCCAGUAAUGACUCCGCCAUUAUCUAUCACUUUGGCCAGGUAGCCUUCUUCCUCAGCUGUGCCUUCUUCUUUGCCGCCCCGGUGCCCGAGAGCUGCUGCCCUGGACGCUGUGACUUCUUAGGUCAGAGUCAUCAGGUGUUUCAUGUUUUUCUGUCCUGUUGCACCUUUAGCCAGAUCCAUGCAGCUCAUCUGGACUAUGUGACUCGGAGGCAGGAGUACUUGAGUUUGCAUCACAGUGGAGAUGCUGCUGUGUGUGUUAGGUUGUACGUGAUAACAGUCAUUGUGUGUCUGCUCACUGUCGGUGGUGUGCUGCGCAAAGUAAGACAAGUCAUAGAGAAUAAAGCGAAGACGCACUGAUGGCUAUAGUUUAUAAUGGCAACCAUGGCUAUACACACAUUUUAGUGUUUAGUUCACAACUUGCAUUUUUUUUAUGCACAGCACUGAGAGAUCAUGGACCUAUGUUAGAAAAGUUGUAGGAUCAGACCUCUUUAACUGCCUAGGGAGCAGUUUCUAUGCUAACAGGUCAAUAGCAUGAGAUUCACAAAGGAUGCUUGGCUAAAUGCGCCAGGACAGAGUGAUCUCAUGUGAAUAUUGUGUCAAAAUUGACUUUUGACCUACAGCUAUCUUUACCUCGCAGGUACCAAAAUGGAUCAGUCACUGGUAAAUGCUCCAGCAGAUCAUAGCAUUGUUGGCAGCAGAACCCACAAUAUAUAGAUGUUUUAGAACAAAGUCACUGCUCGAAGCCAUGUAUUCUUUGCUGCUUAUAUUCCCACUGAAUUAUUUUUUCAUUUCCUGCACCAGGUACUAACCUUAGCCCAGGCUUUGUCAAAGUGUAUUUACAACAUGUCUGUCAGUGACCUCAAAAAGCCGAGCUGAAGAUCUACCUCACUUUUAAGGUCCAGGUGCUCUCACAAUAACAAUAAAGGAGAUGUUGGACUUGUAAUUUAACAAUGCCUCUGUGUUGGUUGUGUUUUUAUGUUACAAUUUUAUAAAUACUGUACACUGAAGUACUCAAUCAGAAAGACUCACCAGAGCUUCAAGAACAGAUUCUUGCAAUUUGAGUGUCAAUUGUUUGACAAACCGAUGUACAGAAUUGUUCAAUACAUUCACUUAACAGGCACAAUAUGUUCACCAGGUACCUCUUUGAAUAUGGUCGGGACCCAGCUGUUGGGUUUU